UGUUUUAAAUCAAUUUUUUAUACGGGCCGGAGGGAUUGAUUUUACUAGCAAUUGGAAUUGCGCAGUGGGCGGGCGAUGCACAACCAUGAGGAAGUGUCCAAGCGAUGGAUUGAAAUGGUGCUGUCGGACAAGAUCCACGGCGACUUGUUGCAUGCGUUGCAGGAUGGAACGAUCUUGUGCUUAUUGGUGAACCAUCUGUACCGUGCUGUGGGCAUGAAGCACAAGCGCGUUCCCAUCGAGACGAUGCAGACAUCGACGUCGAAUACGCUGUUCAGUACCAGUUGCAGGCGGCAAAACAUCCGCACGUUCAUCGAGUCGUGUCGAGCCUUCGGAGUGCCCGACGACGCCAUCUUUCGACCGAACGACUUGCUCAAGGGAUCGAACCCCCAACGAGUGUACUUGUGCAUAUUGGCGCUACAGGCAGAGGUGUUGCGGACGGCCCGUCAAAGAACUCCAUAUGAAAGAGCUUCCAUGGGGACAUUUGCUGCGGCGAGUUCGUGUCAGGAUUUCACGGACAGCACGUUGCGAGACGAUCAACCUUCCUCCUCCCAACAGCAUCCGACUGCCUUUUCGUGGGGAGACACUUCAAUGUUCACUGACGCGGCCUCCAGUGUCACCGCCUGGACUGUGCUGUUGGAACUCUAUGAAACCCAGCAAACCGAUAUGAAUAACGCAACCAACGCACAAGAUGGAGGAGUCCAAAGCGACGAAAAGCUCUCAUACGAGCUGUGGCGCACGGAAGAGCGCGUGCGGAUGCUCGUGCUGGACGAAGCAUCCUGUCGGCACUUGACGCCGCAGAUGCACGGGAAGCUGUGGAUGCUCUUGUCCGGCGCCAACACGGAAAUGGACUUGCGGAAAGGCCAUUACUCGACCUUGGUGGGCCACAGCUCUGUCAAUGCCGAGUCUGUGCGUCAAAUCGAAGCCGAUCUAACCCGCACCGUGUCGCCUGACGACGCUGAUUGGUCGGUAGAACGAAGCGACCAGCUGCGGCGGGUCUUGGUAGCGUAUGCCGUGCACAAUCCAAAGCUCGGGUACUGCCAAGGCCUCAACUACGUCGUCGCCCGCUUGCUCCAGUGCGUCGACGACGACGAGAGUGCGUUCUGGCUGCUCGAGCGCAUGAUUGCGCUGCUGCCUGAUGAUUACUACACGACCAUGCUCGGCCUCGCCAUCGACCAGCACGUGUUUGCAGAGCUCGUCGCACUUCAAACCCCCCAGAUUGUGCAGCACAUUGAGCAACUCGGGGGGUUUGGGGCCGAGCUGUCGUUGGCGUGCACGGAAUGGUUUUGCACCCUCUUUGGCAGUCCUUGUCGAAAGGAGACUACGAUUCGGGUGUGGGAUCUCUUUUUCAUCAACGGAAACGAAGCCUUGUUUCGUAUGGCGCUGGCGUUCACUCAACUGGAAUACCCGCACAUUAUGUCGUGUGAAACGUACGGCGACGUCCUUGUGUGUCUCAAUCAGAUUGGCCGAGAUGCGCUGCUGGACCCGAAACUGCUGGUGCACGUUGCCAACAGCCAAGAGAUCGUCACGUCGUCGCGUAUCGAAGACCUAAGGGCGUACCAUCGGCUGGAGCUGGCGUCGGGCAUAGCGCUUUCCAACGACCGUACGUUUGCAACCGUGGCGACGGCAGACGACGGCGAUCCCCCGCUCUCGAUCGAAUCGGCUAAAAAACGAAAGCACCCGCUGUCGAAUCGAAAAAUUACGUCCAGGACACUCUCGCGGCAUCUAUCGCACGAGACCAUCGAUGCCGACGUCGACGACUCGGCCGAGGCCAAGUACUUUGCCGAUGCGACGGCACCCGAGAUUGUGGACGACUAUUGGGGACAAACCGAGGUGGGUCCCACGCAAGUGGCGCAGUUCAAACUCAUCACAAGCCCAAGCGACGCAUCGCUAGCCAGUCGCCCUCGACAUUUUUCCGACACGACGUACCGGCACACGUUCUCGGAGCGGAACUCGGCCCUGUAUCGAGAAGCCCGCAGCAAGAGCACCGCGGACGGCCUGCGCGCGCAUCGAGCCUCUCUGUCGCAUGCCCCCGAUCCGUCUCCUCCUUCGGAAGACGUGACCAGGCCGCCGCUGUUUUCCCACGGCAUUUUCAAAAAGAUCGAGCAAUGGACCAACAAGACACUCAAACAAAGCAGGAGGCACAGCACCCUGAACUUCGACUUCUUUGGGUCGGCCUUGGCAGGCCAGGCGAGUUUCCUCAGCGCCCCCCGCGGGGCUUCCGCGGGCGUUGUCGGGUGGGACAGCGGGAUGAUGCCGCCGCCGUCGUCAAGGGCAGCGGCUUCACAAGCUUCGCAUUGCCAUGUGACCACGCCGGACGCGGCCAUCAUGGACUUACCCCCAUACGUUGCCGAGAGCCACCCGCCGUCGCCGACCACUGCCGAAGUGUCGUUUGCCGUCGUCGCGGCACCUCUUCCAGCUUCGCCAGUCUCGUCGGAAAGUUUGGUCAAGCGCAUCGUCAGCUCGCACUCGACGCCGUCGCUCGUGUCUCUGGACAAGUCGUACCAUGACGACAGCGGCGACAGCGUCGACGGCGGCAGCUUUGACGACGCGGACGAAUCGUCGAGACGGCACAGGCUCCGCAGCACGUCGUCGUCGGUGGUUCGACCGCCGCGCCACCAGCGCGACCCGAAAAAGCCCUCGUCCGUCGCGCUGAUGGCGAUCCCGGACGACUUGGCGCCCCCAGACAUGCGACGGCACACGUCCAUGCCUGCCCGAAGCCGAGCCAAACACGCGCAUGGCCCGUCCUCCAACCUCGCCCAGCUCAACCUUGACAAUGCCCGGCUCAUCCGGGAGCGCGCCCAUGUGGUGUCGUAUCUUCAGCGCAAAGCCAGCGACGUGAGCAGUCUCAACAGCCCCGUCGACUCGGACGAGUACCGUGACAGCCUCAGCUCGGACGAAGGCACGAGGCGGGCCCACCGCGCGACCAACAGAACCAACUCGUUUUCGUUUCUCGGCAGUUUGUCGGUUGACCUCGAGCGCAGCUUGCUGCUCGAAGACAAAGAACAGGAAUAAUCCAUUGCUAGUACAGGAUUCAGUAUGCAGUAGUGCUCAUGUCAAGGC